AUGGAGAAUUACUGUGAGCCACUCCUGAAAGAAGGAAAUGAACCUCUGACCUCUGGUAAUAGAGAGGGCACUCACUUCAACAUUGAAGACUUAGAGUCAAUAGGAUACCAUUUCUGUGAUGCCCUCUUGGAUUACUGUGAUCCAGACAAGAGUAAGUAUUAUCUGUGUCUGAAAGAGUUAGAGGAAAUGGUGAAACAGCAAGCUAAGACCAACUCAGAGAAUCUUAAUUGCGACUCAGAUGCUUCUGUCACAGAUGCCAUUUUAGACAAAGAUUCCAGUACCCACGUUUCUGACAGCUCAGAUUCCAACGAUACAGCUGCACACUGGCUAAAACCAGAUACUCAGGUAAAUUCCAAGAAGAAGUGCAUGAAAACAAAGAAAGAGAGGAAUUCCUAUCUAGAAUCACUGGAAAAGAACCAUACAAAACAUACACAAGAGCAAGUGAGAAAAGCCAAAACAUCAGAAGAGAAUUUUCACAGCAUCACUAAGAACAAAGGAACUGGAAGCAAAAAUGUUUCAGUCUAUCUUCCCUUUAGUUCCAGAAGCAAUGAUGUCACCAAAGUCCAGACUAGCAGCAUGGCAUUACAUAAAAUACUUAAGGAAAUUGAUCCCAUGGUGAAAGAAGCUGUACCAGCUGUGCAAGCAAAUUACACAGAACAGUAUCUCAGUCCUUAUUUUCCUGAACAGGGAUUGGGUUCAACAGCAGGGAAUGGGGCAAUCUCUGAGUGUCAGCUUCCCAAGGUGAUGAAUAGGCUGAAAGUGAAAGAAAAAAAGGCACAGCGAAGAGUAAAGCUGCCUGUUACAACCUCCAUCAAGCAAGUGGGAAAAUGCUUCAGCUCUGAGAGACUGACUCAGGGUACCGAAGAGAAUGUUCUUGAAAAGAAUUGUUUGCCACUGGGGUUAGGAGGAAGCAUGUCCCAAGAUGCAACCUUAUCUAAAAGAGCAAACCUCUAUUCACCGUUCUUCAAGAUGAUAUCCCAAAGUGUAGAGAAGCACCAAAGCAGAAGGGUCACCAGCUGCACAGAAAAGACAGUUACUUAUCUGGAUCACAAUGCAAAGAGCAGUUCAAGCAGGGAAGAAAGAAAAGUGAAGAACAGGUCACCACUGAAAAGUUCAAGGUCCUGCCGAAACAGGACAACAAACCAAGGAGCGAAUGUUAGGAUGAUCAAGUCAUGCCAGACACAAGAAUCACUGCAGCUUUCUCUCCCUAUCGUGCCUGGUGCAAAGGGCAGGGAAUCCAAUGAAAAGUGUCAUGAGAGUGAACCACAGCCAAAAUCCUUUGGCCGGCACCGAGCAGACCUGGCAACUUCUUCAAAUAUGAAAGGGAACGUGGCCAGGCCUACAUUAUCAAGCAAAAUGAUUUUACUGUCCCAACAUGACAACAGAGAAACAUUCCAUCCAGCAUCUUUGCUAUGUGCCAUGAAGAAGACAUCAACAAAAGGAUUAUUGUGCAAUAGUGAGACCAAGGCAGUGGCUAAGAGAAAAACUCUGGAGCCUGGGUCACAGACUCUACUUACAAGACCUUCCAGUUGCAACUGGGUGAAUUUCCUGUCAGGCUUAGAAAUUGAUGCAAAUGUUGUGAAAAACAGUACCUUACAAGCUAAAAUAUACAGCCACCCAGGCUCCGUUCAGACAGGACAUCAACUCUGGGAAAUGAGUGGCUUCACAUCAGAUACCCUGAGGGAUUAGGACUCCAGUCCUGGGGAAACCCUUUGGAAGGAGUGCUCUGAAAAUGCAGCAGAUGUGUAUACAGUGCAAAGAAGUUUAGCCUCACACUGUCCUGAAAGACAGAUUCUAGAUUUCCGGAACCUCUGAGUGACAGCUAAAGAAGGCACAGCAUUUAAGUUUCUUUUAGAAUGUUUUCAUUUUUUAAUUGUCAGUGAAUUUCAGACAUAAGACAAACACCUGAGUCAUCUUACUUCUUCAGAAUUAAAGUGAUGUCUGACCAGAAUGGAAAACUAAAAAGGGGAAGGAUUUGUGUUAAUCAAUUCAGACCCUACCAGCCACUUUAAGCAACAGUGCUAAUGGACUCCUAGGGGAAUUCCAUCCCGUUCUGUACAGCUGAAGGUUGCUAGUCACAGAUUAGGACCUUUGGGGGAAUAUAGGGAAUGCAGAUCAGGGACUGCCUAUGCUAGAGAGUCUGGGGAAGUAAAGGAGGAUGUUGUUCCACUGUGAGGCAAAAGCAAAAAGGAGAAGUUUAUUCUAAAAUUAAAAAGCUAAAAGUAAAUAAAGUGCCUUAAAAAAUUC